CCUCACCUUCCCGCUAGGGGGCAGCAGCGGUGCAGGUGCUUUUGCCGGAAGACGGGGGGAGAUGGAGGAUCCGCCUCCCGGGAUGUGGAGCGACUCCACAGUCAAACUCAGACCGGCCGUCCCGCAGACGGCUGCAGGAUGGCCGGGAGCUUCCUCCGAGGACGGCUCCUCUCCCUGUUCGACUACAAGACGGAGAAAUACAUCGUGGCCAAAAACAAGAGAGUGGGAGUUCUGUACAGACUCAUUCAGUUAUCGAUCAUCGGUUACAUCAUAGGGUGGGUUUUCCUGAGCAAGAAAGGCUACCAGGAGACGGACGAGGCCAUUCAGAGCUCCGUCAUAACCAAACUGAAGGGCGUGUCGGCGACCAACACCUCCGAGUCGGGCCUGCUGGUGUGGGGGCCGGAGGACUACGUCAUCCCACCGCAGGGUGAAGCUGUUCUGUUUGUUGUAACCAAUUUCUUAGAGACGCCAAACCAGAAGCUGGGACACUGUGCUGAGAGUUCUAAAGUGCUGGAUGGUCACUGUGGAGACGACAAGGACUGUGAGGAGGGAAGGAUGGUCGUGGCUGGAAACGGGAUUAUGAGCGGCCGGUGCUUGAGAAAAGACGUCAACUCCACCGGUACCUGUGAAAUCUACGGCUGGUGUCCCGUUGAAAGAAAAUUCAAACCCCAAGGACCUCUGCUGAGAAAUGCCGAAAACUUCACCAUCUACAUCAAGAAUUUCAUCCAAUUUUCCAAAUUCAAUUUUUCAAAGUCCAAUGUUCUCCAAACGACCGACGAGUCGCAUUUGAAGCGGUGCCAAUACGACGAGGAGCUGCAGCCCUACUGCCCCAUCUUCCGUCUGGGAGACAUCACGCGGCGAGCCGGAUACGAGUUCCACGACAUGGACACGUUUGGGGCCUCUAUUGGCAUCAUGAUAAACUGGGACUGUGACCUUGACAAGGGCUUCUCCCACUGCCACCCGAAGUACUUCUUCACCCGGCUGGACAUUACUGCCUUUGACAAGACCAUCGCAACGGGGUUUAACUUCAGACAUGCUCGGUAUUUCAAAAAUGCCGCUGGUGAGAGCUUCCGAUCUCUGUUCAAAGUCUACGGUGUCCGAUUUAACAUCAUGGUGCACGGAAAGGCCGGGAGGUUCAGCAUCAUCCCGACAGCCAUCAAUAUUGCCUCAGGACUGGCUCUGAUGGGGGCUGGAGCUUUCUUCUGUGACAUGGUCCUCCUCUACCUCAUGAAGAAGGGAGACUCUUACCGAGAGCGGAAGUUUGAAGGGUCCAGAAAUAAUACUACAUCCAAGAGCAGCGGUGAGGAGGAGGACAAGGCUCCGACGGAGCAGGAGAAUCUGACCUCUUAGUCUUGUCAGCGUGUCAGAAGACACCGUCGCACGUCCUCCUUGGUUCUGGUGUAACAUUUAAUAUAGAACAAAUGACAAGGACAAUGUGCUGUACGGGACUGGAGUGUCAUCUAACAUAAAAAAAAAAGGGAUUUGUUGUUUUUGUCCGUUUAAUUUUUUUUAAUCACGUUUAACCAUAAGACUUUUUUAGCAACAUUGUCUGAAACUUAUGUUUUUGAAAACAUAUAAGUUUUAUUUGUUAAACAACAGUAUCAAUUCAAUUAUGGAAGCUUUUUUUAUUAUACUUUUUUGUAAUAUAAUUAAAUGUUUCUUUUCCGUGGAAGAUAACGUCGAUGUUAUGUUUUUAUGUCAUCUUAGGAUUUUGACCACACAUGUUUCUCCUUUCUCUGUUUUCAAAUGUCAUCAAAUUUGCAUAUAUGGCACUGAUGUACAUACACAAAGAGAACACGCAAACGUAAGACAUCACUUUUGUUUACUGCUUUAUUUCCUCAAUUACUUAUAAUUCCAAAUGAUGGAAUAUACCUCAUACGUGAAUAAUGCAUCGAGUCUUCAGAGCUGUUUAUCAUUUUGUGAAUCUUACAAAUAUAAAAUACUAUUUAAUUUAUUAAUUGAUACGGGAGACAGAUCCGCCUGUAACACAAGUAAAUAAAGAUUUUCAUAAGAAACGUCAA